GGGGCGCGCGGGCCGCAGGGCGCAUGCGUGGGCUGCCGGCGCGGGGCGGAAGUGUCGCGCGGGCCGGCGCGCGGCGGUGGGGCGCGGGGCGCCCAUGGGGCUCCUUAAAGGUGCCGCCGCCCGCCCCCCUCCCGGUGCCGGCGGAGGGAAACGCCGCGCGUGGCUGGAAUGAGCAGGGGGCCAGCGCCAUGGCCGAGAAGACAUCACCGAGCCCCGGCGGGGGCAUCACGCCGCUGCAGCAGAUGCUGGCCUCGGGGACGGGGGCCAUCCUCACCUCGCUCUUCGUGACGCCGCUGGAUGUGGUGAAGAUCCGGCUGCAGGCCCAGAGGACCCCCUUCUCCAAAGCAUUGCCAGCGUGGUCUGUGCCCUGGGGUGCUCGGCAGGCCACAUGGAAGUGUUUCCUCUACUGCAACGGGCUCAUGGACCAUCUGUACGUCUGCCAGAAUGGCAAUGGCUGCACUGCCUGGUACAAGGCCCCCACCCACUUCACUGGCACUCUGGAUGCCUUUGUGAAGAUCACACGCUACGAAGGCAUCAGGUCUCUCUGGAGCGGCUUGCCCCCCACCCUGGUCAUGGCCGUGCCAGCCACCGUCAUUUAUUUCACCACCUAUGACCAGCUCCGGGACUACCUGAACGCUCGGACGGGAAGCCGGGGGCACCACAUCCCCUUGCUGGCCGGGGCCCUUGCCAGGCUGGGUGCCGUGACGGUCAUCAGCCCCUUGGAGCUCAUCCGCACCAAGAUGCAAUCCCGGCAGCUCAGCUACCGGGAGCUGGGCGUCUGCAUCCAGUCGGCGGUGGCUCAGGAUGGCUGGCUGUCCCUCUGGAGGGGCUGGGGACCCACCGUGCUGCGCGACGUCCCCUUCUCGGCUCUCUACUGGUUUAACUAUGAGCUGGUGAGGGAAUGGCUCUGCAGGCAGGCGCGGCUCGACGAGGCCACGUUCAUGAUCAGCUUCGCAUCUGGGGCCAUCUCUGGGACGGUGGCUGCAGUGCUGACGCUGCCCUUCGACGUGGUGAAGACCCAGCGGCAGAUCGAGCUGGGAGGCAGCGAGGUGCACCCAGUUGCAGCCUCCAAGCCUUCCUCCACCUGGUUACUCAUGCGGCGCAUCCGUGCUGAGUCUGGCACCCGGGGGCUGUUUGCAGGCUUCCUGCCCCGCGUCAUUAAGGUGGCACCCGCCUGCGCCAUCAUGAUCAGCACCUACGAAUUUGGCAAGACCUUCUUCCAGAAGCUGAACCAGGAGCGGCAGCUGCGCGGGUUGUGAGCUGGGGCAGGGCUGGAUGCGGUCGGGGGAUGCUGCCAACCCCGCUGCUCCCGGCGAGGUGCCCCAGGAGCAGCGAACCACACUCGGCUGUGCAAAGCCCAAGUGCCUUCGUGCUGCGCUCUGCCUCCCGCUGCGUGCGCACAGAGGCAGGGCCAGCCUGGCCCUGCUCUCCAUCCCCAGCCACGCUGGGGGACAUCUGUCCCUGCUGCUGUGACACUGGGGGGGGAUGUGGAGUUGCCCCACACUCAUCCUUUGAGGCUGGACAGAUGCUGCUGCUGGAUUCACGGACGCUCUGGCGAGGAUGGGGUGCCUCAGGAGCCUUGGCAGGGCAGGAGAUGGGAGCUGGGGCUCUGGCAAGGACCAAACCAUUGGGGGCUUCUCUGUGGGCCUUCCUAGGCCCCCCAGCCCUGCUCCAGCUGGGAAUCUGCCCCUCCUCACCAUCAGUCACGCACAGUGUCCCCUUGCUGGCUCUGCAUAGCACUGGGACGCAUUGGGACCCUCUUCCCUGCCUCCAGACCUCUCCCUCCCACUUAGGGUGUCCCUGUCCCCUGGCAGACCCUGGGCUUGGAUCCUGUGUGGGGACAGACCUCGCUGCUGCUCCGGGGGCGCUGGCAGGCAUCCUGGCACCAAACCUCUGCCCGUGCCUCGUCCCUUCACUACGAGGGCCUGCCCCAGCAUCGUGCCUGGUGUGGGUGCUGCCCCAGGUUGCCCUGGGACUCCAGGGGCAAAUUCCUCUUAUUUUCUUAAAUAAAAUAUUUGUCUCUUA